CGGCAGUCUGAGUACCUUAGGAAUCUAAAAUGGCGUCGGCUAUCAAGUCUCUCAAUCCAAAGGCUGAAGUUGCUAGAGCUGCUCAAGCACUUGCUAUCAAUAUCAUUGCAGCAAGAGGUCUUCAGGAUGUACUCAAGACGAAUCUCGGACCAAAAGGAACCAUCAAAAUGUUGGUAUCUGGCAGUGGUGAUAUCAAAUUAACUAAGGAUGGUAAUGUGUUGCUUCAUGAAAUGCAAAUUCAACAUCCUACCGCUUCUUUGAUUGCCAAAGUGGCCACUGCCCAAGAUGACAUUACUGGGGAUGGAACAACUUCCAACUGUCUUAUUAUUGGAGAAUUACUCAAGCAAGCGGAUCUCUAUGUAUCUGAGGGUGUACAUCCAAGACUUAUAACAGAGGGUUUCGAGAUUGCGAAAGAAGAGGCUUUGAAAACGCUGGAUAAAGUCAAACUAUCCAAAGAAAUGGAUAGAGAUACAUUAAUCAGCGUUGCAAGUACAUCACUGCGAACUAAGGUGCAUGCUGAGUUAGCCGAUAUAUUAACAGAGGUAAUUGUUGAUGCGGUUCUGGCAAUCAAGCAGUCGUCUGAGGCUAUCGAUCUUCAUAUGAUUGAGAUUAUGCAAAUGAUGCAUCGAAGCGACACUGAUACUCAACUAAUCCGUGGUUUAGUGAUGGAUCAUGGCGCUAGACACCCUGACAUGAAAAAGAGAGUUGAUAAUGCUUUUAUUCUGACAUGUAAUGUAUCUAUGGAGUAUGAAAAAAGUGAAGUAAAUGCAGGAUUCUUUUACAAGUCGGCAGCAGAAAGAGAAAAACUAGUGGAAGCUGAAAGACAGUUUACUGAUGAAAAAGUAAAAAAAGUUAUUGAACUAAAAAAAAAAGUAUGUGACACUGAUGACAAAGGUUUUGUAGUCAUCAACCAAAAGGGAGUUGAUCCAUUAUCACUUGAUAUGUUGGCUAAGGAAGGCAUCGUGGCAUUGAGACGUGCAAAGAGACGUAAUAUGGAGAGACUUGCACUAGCAUGUGGUGGCAUGGCUAUGAAUUCUGUAGAUGAUAUGACUCCUGAUUGUCUAGGAUUUGCUGGACAAGUAUACGAACAUGUACUAGGUGAAGAUAAAUAUACUUUUAUAGAAGAUUGCAAGAAUCCCCAGUCUGUAACUAUACUGAUAAAAGGACCUAAUAAACAUACAUUAACACAAAUAAAGGAUGCCAUACAUGAUGGACUUAGAGCUGUGAAAAACGCUAUCGAAGACGCUGCUGUGGUUCCUGGUGCUGGUGCCCUGGAAAUGGCUAUUCAUGAUGCACUGACGAAGCAUAAGGCUAGUGUCAAAGGUCGUGCUCGACUUGGCGUACAGGCAUUUGCUGAUGCUAUGCUGGUGAUUCCCAAGACGUUGGCAACUAACUCGGGUUUUGAUCCACAAGAAACAAUAGUGAAAUUACAAGAAGAUUUCACGGAUAUCAGUCACCCUGUUGGUUUGGAUGUAAAUUCAGGUGAGGCUUUAAUUCCAGCAGACCAUGGUAUAUGGGAUAAUUAUUGUGUUAAAAAACAGUUACUUCAUUCUUGCACCGUAAUCGCUAGUAACCUAUUAUUGGUGGAUGAAAUUAUGAGAGCUGGUAUGAGGUCCCUGAAAGGAGACUCUUAAAUAGCUACAAUCAAAUUGGCCUCUACUCCGUGGUGUAUUAGCGUCUGUAUUGUCUUCUCACAGUCGUUCGUCUUUGGAUACGCUACAAUUACAAUGUACUGUAUCUUAUUCCUAUCUAGUCCUUAUCAGAUGUAGCCCAAAACGGGGUCGUCGUCUUUGUGUGUAAAUGCAGCUGCUUCAGAAUGCCGAAUUACUCCAUAUCUCGCAAAUCUCAACAUUUUACCAUCGCUAUUUAUGCAAAUUUAAUCACUUGUCAAUGUCGGCAAGCCUGGUAAAUACUGUGUAAUUUCUUUCAAUAGCAAUAUGUAUUUAUAUCAUGAUUUGCCUAUAUGACCUACUACUUUACAUUUUGUCUUUGUAUUUUUUUUUAUAAAUAUUAAAAUGAGGUUCAAAGUUCA